AUGUCGCCAAUCAUCGCCUUUGACGUCAUCGGGUCACGUGACUUUGUUUACACUGACCAGUCGAGUGCUUGUCCACGUGAUAUUCUCUGUGUAGACACGCGUUCACUUCAACAACACUUCAACAUUAUAAAACUCUGCAACAUCCUACAACACUCAACAACAUCCUACAACACUCAACAACAUCCUACAACACCCAACAACAUCCUACAACACUCAACAGCAUCCUACAACACUCAACAGCAUCCUACAACACUCAACAGCAUCCUACAACACUCAACAGCAUCCUACAACACUCAACAGCAUCCUACAACACUCAACAACAUCCUACAACACUCAACAGCAUCCUGCAACACUCAACAACAUCCUGCAACACUCAACAACGUCCUGCAUCACUCAACAACGUCCUGCAUCACUCAACAACGUCCUGCAUCACUCAACAACGUCGUGCAUCACUCAACAACGUCGUGCAUCACUCAACAACGUCCUGCAUCACUCAACAACGUCGUGCAUCACUCAACAGCGUCCUGCAUCACUCAACAGCGUCCUGCAUCACCAACAACGUCCUGCAUCACUCAACAACGUCCCAUCAACAACGUCCUGCAUCACCAACAACGUCCUGCAUCACUCAACAACGUCCUGCAUCACCAACAGCAUCCUGCAUCACUCAACAACGUCCUGCAUCACUCAACAGCAUCCUGCAUCACUCAACAACGUCCUGCAUCACUCCAACAACGUCCUGCAUCACUCAUCACCAACAACGUCCUGCAUCACUCAACAACGUCCUGCAUCACCAACAACGUCCUGCAUCACUCAACAACGUCCUGCAUCACUCAACAACGUCCUGCAUCACUCAACAACGUCCUGCAUCACUCAACAGCAUCCUGCAUCACCAACAACGUCCUGCAUCACUCAACAACGUCCUGCAUCACUCACAGCAUCCUGCAUCACUCAACAACGUCCUGCAUCACUCAACAACGUCCUGCAUCACUCAACAACGUCCUGCAUCACUCAACAACGUCCUGCAUCACUCAACAACGUCCUGCAUCACUCAACAACGUCCUGCAUCACUCAACAACAUCCUGCAUCACUCAACAACGUCCUGCAUCACACAACAACAUCCUGUACGAUCCUUUUGCAAUUUUACAUUCAAAAACCUGA